AUGAGUCCAGAAGCAUUAUUUGAUAGAAAAUUUUCAACAAAAAGUAAUGUAUGGUCAUAUUCUAUAUUAACAUGGGAAAUAAUGACAUAUGGUGGUACACCAUAUACAUCUAUAGCUGCAGAAAAUAUGUUUGAUUAUUUACGAGAUGGUAAUCGUAUGAGUCAACCAGUUAAUUGUCCAAAUGAAAUUUUAGAAAAUGAUGAGUAA